AAGGCUGUUCGAAAAUAGAGUCGAAUCAACACAAACACCACACACUGUGAAGGAGUCUGCCACUGCACAGUUUCCACACAUAGAAAGUCUUAUUAUAUAUCAUAAAUUUGAGUGUAUUGCUCUAAAGUUGUGUGGAACUGACGAGUAAUCACGUAUAAAUUUGUUGGAUAUAUAUUUCCGUUGUUGAUAAGAUGGUGCAUUUGUGUGAAGAUUAGGAAUUAGACCAACAAGCUAGGUUUCGAGGCCUAGCCUAGCCUAGCGUAGGCGGAGAAAACUCAAAAUCAAACAGGGGAAAACAGUUUGAAUUUUAAUGUUGUUAACAAUGCAAACUUUGAGAGGAAACUUCAUUGGGCCAGACGCUGUUCUUACGAAUGAAGAGCAUGGUGUUCCUGACCUUGGACCCAAUGAUGUGCUUAUAAAGGUGAAAGCAUGUGCUGUGAACUUAGAAGAGGAGAGGAGGUACCAACAACUGCUCACUUCUUCACUCAAGAGCUGUGCCCUUGGUAGAGAUGUGGCUGGCGACAUUGUCAAGAUUGGUUCACAGGUUGAAUCUCUUCAGGAAGGAAUGGCUGUUGUAGGUUUCGUGUCCUUUGAUUUUGAGCUGGCUGGAUGUGGUGAGAUGUGCAUAUGCAACCAGUUUGAUGUUGUGGAAAAACCAUCCUCUGUAAGUUAUGAAUUGGCAGCAGCUUCUAUUGGUGCUGGUCUGUCAGCUUACACUGCUGUACACUACCAAGGUCAUGUGACAGCUGGUGACACUGUGCUGGUAUUAGAAGGAGCAACACCUCGUGGAAGUUUUACCGUGCAAGUUGCGCAAGCUUGGGGUGCUAAGGUUUUAUCAACCUACAAAACUCAAGGAGAGAAGCAAAUUUUAGAGAGUAUGAAACCUCCUGUAGCCCAGGCUAUUGAGCUGACUCAGAGAACAAAUAUUCUGGCCAGCUCAGUCCAAGAGGAGACAGGUGGAGUUGGCGUAGACUGUAUCAUCGACAAUGGUGUCCGUCUCUUCACCAAUGAAGAAGACAAAGAUAUGAUGGAAGAAAGAGCAUUACGAUCAGUGCCGCACAAGCAAGACAUCAUAGGCAGCUUAGGAUUUUCAGGAAAAUGGGUCUCUUCUCAGCCAAACUUACAGCUGGAUCCCCCAGACAGCCAGCAAUUGUUUUUACGAGGAGCAUCAGUGUCCUUCUUAUUCCCUCCUGCCUGGUGUUUGAUGAAGGCACAGCAUGGCCGCUUUCUCCAUAUUCUUAAAGAUAUCAUGGAUCGUAUUCAAAAUGGAGAGUUCAGAUGUAAUGAAGUGUUGUCCAUCCCUUUGACUGAAGCACCGGAGGUGCUGUCUAGGAAAGACCUGGACUCAACAAAGAGCUUGGUAGUCACUCCUUGAAAUGUCAGAUUUAAACACUGUUGUUCAUUCCCUUAGAUACUGAUUCAAAUAAUGAAGUUAUAAGAAUGUACUCUUUUGUUUUGUUGGUUCUCCAGAACUAAUGAAAUUGCAUUCUAAAAUGCUGUCAGUCAUCUUUACUGAUGUGAACUUUGUUAUAAUUAUGGCAGACUGAACUUUCUGUUUCACUGGUGUUAUAUUAAAGAGUAUAAGCUGUCUUUUAAGAUUGCAUUUGACCUUUGUGAUACGUAUUUUGUGCUUGUGUCUUCUCAACAAUGUACUGCGAGGGCCAUGAAUUUCCAUGCUCAAGAGAAAUUAUAACAGAUAUAUUUUUUUUGUAUUGACGUUUCUUUCAGUUUUGUAAGUUCUUGUUUUAGAAAAAAAAAUGUUUAUUUUUUUGUCAAUGAAAGGAAACCUUUUUUUUUUUAGCCAUCCCUAGACUAGGACUGUGGGGUAGAAGUGCAGACUGAGUCGAGAUCAAGUUAGCAUGAUGUGCUGUAGAUUGGGUGACUGCAGAAAGUAAAAUACUGUAAAACAUUUUUUUGUUGACAUGUUACAAUGGACAGCUUCAUAGUGCAAUAAAAUGGUUACUUUGACAGGUGA